CAAGAGGAGGAUUUUGAUCUGUGGAAACACUUGUUUAAAAAGCUCUGGUCCUUGCUGCUUCACCAACACCCUGGUGCAAGCUGCAGUGUGCAACCAUGGCUCUAGAGCACUGACGGGUUUGGUUUUGUGGACAGGAGCUGGUUGGUUUGGUUUUAUGGACAGGAAAACAGCCGUGUUCUCCGAGGAUGAAAUUCUCUGCUCACAUCCCGGCUCUGCUCUGCUCUCAAGACAUGUACCUGUCAUAGCUGGAGAGCAGGCUCGCAGAGUGGAGCUGCAGCGUGUAGAUCCGAAAAGAGGAUUUUGCCUUAGGUGCAAACACUUGUUGGGAAAGAAUAUGCUGCAAGAACACUAUUGCAAGCAAGAGUGGUUGGGAGGACCAUGACUGUGGAAGACUGUUUGCAAUAUAUAAAGGGAGAGAAAGGUGCAUUCUCACACUCAGCGUUAUAAACUCUUCUCUUGGGGUCCCAUGCUGCAGCACAGCUGAGAUACUCUGCUUCCCUCUUUUCUCUGCGGUUUUCAAACAGCAGGUCACGACCCAGUACUGCAUGACGAAAUGUAAGGCACUGGGUCAUGGCGUUAAAAGUCCCUUUGGUGGUGCUGCCCGGCUAAGGCAGGCUAGUUGCUUCCUGUUCUUACACCCUGCUGUGGCCUGGAAGUGGCCAAGAGCAGAUCUGGCUCCCAGGCAGGGGUGCCAUGGGGUUUUGUCCGCUGCGCCCCGCCCAGAGCACCGGUUCCAGGCGCCUCUGCCUAGGAGCUGGGUCUGCUGCUGGCCGCUUCCAGUGCGCAGCGCGGUCCACAGGGCCAGGACAGGCAGGAAGCCUGCCUUAGCAUCCCCGCUGCACCGUUGACCGGGAGCCGCCCGAGUAUGAAAUACUUCCUUAUCCUGGUCUUGUGUACAGUGGUUGUGUUUUUGGCCUCCAUGCACUGGCAGAGGUUAACUAAAAAUCAGAUCAAGGGAGAGAUUUCAGAGGCUCGGUCUGACAUGAAACUUCUGUCACCAGAAAAAUACAAGUCCUUGUUUACCUACAAUGGAAUUUGGCUAGCUCCAAGGAAUCAGUGUGAGUGCGCCAAAGCUGACCAUGUGCAUGUCUACCAGAUGGAAGAUUAUAUUGAUAAGAAAGACCUUGCCUCCAUUAAAGAGAGGCAACAGAGGGAGUUGGAGCACUAUCAGAAAAGAUACCCCUCAAUGACUCAAGAUCUACUAAUAGCCAAACCAAACCUGCCAUUAAGCUAUCCUAUUCAAGGAGUAGAGGUGAUGCCACUACACACGAUUAUGAUUCCAGGGCUUGGUUUGCAUGGAGUGACUGAAGAAAAGUACCAGGUGAUCCUGCGAGCAUCUCUGGGAACCCUCAAUACACUUGCUGAUGUCUCUGACGAUGUUGUGAGUGGACGGGGCGAGAAAGAGCUGAUCAUCUUGACCUCAGAUGUGGAGCUGCUGAAUUUCAUCCUUGAGCAUGUCACAUACACCAGUGUGGUCUACCAGCUCACUGCAGUAGAUAUGAUGAGUUUCGAGAGCAGACAUCAUGUGGCUCAGUUUCCUGUGAUCAUCCGACAGCCCAGCCUUCCAAAGUUGUUUGAUCCUGGAGCAGAUAGGAAGAUCAGCUCCCUGGUGACUAUCACAACGAAGACUUUCUUGCGCUAUCACAAACUUAGGCUCCUCAUCAAGAGCAUCCGACAGUACUACCCUGACAUAAAAAUCAUCGUCGCCGAUGACAGUGAAGUCUCGGAGAAGAUCAGCGGGGAGAACAUUGAGCAUUACAUCAUGCCUUUUGGAAAGGGUUGGUUUGCUGGAAGGAAUCUUGCAAUAUCUCAGGUCACAACCAAGUACUAUCUCUGGGUUGAUGAUGACUUCUUAUUCACCGAAAACACCAAAAUUGAGAAACUAUUGGAUGUGCUGGAGAGAACAAACUUGGAUAUGGUUGGAGGCAGCGUGAAUGGGAACACCUACAGUUUUCAGCUGCUCUAUGAUCAGGGUGACGACAGCGGCUGUCUGCAUUUGAGAUACGGCUCCUUCCACAAGUUGGAAGGGUUCCCCAACUGUGUGGUCACCAGUGGUGUGGUCAACUUCUUCCUGGCCCAUACAGACAAAAGCAGACACGUCGGCUAUGACCCUCUUCUGCAAAGAGUAGCUCACUCAGAAUUUUUCAUGGAUGGACUGGGCAUCUUGCUUGUCGGUUCCUGCACUGAUGUUUCUAUCGGUCACCAAGCACAUAAUCCCGCAUCUGAUCCCAACCUGACUAAGGUAGAAGACCAAUAUAAAAGGUUCCGGAUCAACACCAAAGCACAGGUGCAAUUUAAGCUAUCUUUGCACUACUUCAAAAACCAACUGAAAUGCUACUCAACAAGAUAACCCUUUUACCCUGCCGUGUGCAAUUCCUACGGUAACCUCCCUGAUGCCCACGGCAGGAGUAUGCUCUGGGCUUCAGCCUAAUUGCCUUAUUUAUGCCACACUGGAUGCCUUCCUUUUGCACCUACCUUUCUAUAAAAACUUUUUAAUGGACUGAAUUUGGGAUUCUGGAAUCUCUUGGCCCAAACUUGAAAUGGACAACAGAGUCAUGUGUGUUAUCUGCAUUCGGGUCCUGCUACAGGCCUUGCAAUGGUGUUUUCUUCGUUGCAAAGUUUCUCUGAUUAUAGGGUGAGACAGUUUGUCUAAUAAUGAGCCAGAUUCAUCAUGGCCCUGCACUGUAUUCUUUCCAGCCAGUGCAGAGUGAAGGGGGCCGGGGUAGAAUUCCUACUGAUUUGAUCUGGUAGCACUCCCCAUUAUUCCUGCAUUUGAAUGGAUUAACAGGGAUGCCCAGGUUGUGACGUCCUUCUUGGAAGAGUAAUUGGAAUGAGUGUUCUCAAGUCAAGUGCCAGAAGCACAAUGACUUUCAUGUAUAGACUGAAGUGCUUGGUUUAUCCUAAAUGGAGUUAGUAUGUUCCCUAUGCAAUAUCUGUUGAGAACUUCUUAUGGUUACUCCUUACUUAAAGACCCAAGUGGGGAUGUUGGAAAUCUGGUUUAGUUAAGAAGCUUUCACUUAAGAAGAGAAAAAUGCAAACUCUCCUAACUGUCCUGCCUGAAUGCAGUCCACAUUCAUGUGAUCUGAGUUCUUUUCAUCUGCUAGCUCAUGGCCUAUGUGAAAUGGUGGAGUUCAGUUCCUAGCGGGCAGCUAACCACAGCAUCAAAAACACCCCACCAUUACCACAGUGGUGGGACCUGGAUACUAAUCUGAGACAAGAAGUAAAUGCCACAAGCAGACUAUGGGUCUUACGCAUCAUGGCCCCAUAUUUCUGACAAGAUGAGAGAACUUGGCCUUGGUAUAAAAUGUUCUGACAUUGGUUAGGCAAAUCACCUAGCUUUGAUUUUGUUGCUCAGCUGUUUUGUUAGCUCCUCUCUGGCUGUCCUGAGCCCCUGUGAGCUCACUGGGAUAGGGGCUAUCUCUGUUAUGAUUGGACAACACCUACCGUGAUCAGGGUUCCUUUACACCACUGUUGUGAUGUGGAUAAUUAAAAUAUCUUGAGUUGAACAUUGACUUAAAAGGAAGUUUCCUUGUGGUUCUGAAAAGUCCUUCUAUCCAUUCACGCAAGAGCUGAAAUUCUUUGUGCUCUGUCUCCCC